AUGUCUAGCCCAAGAGAGAUCGAGGGAAUGAAUGAGAAGGUGUACAAAAGUAUAAAGAUGAGUUAUGAGUUUUUACAAAGUAAUGAAGCAAAGUCAUUAUUGUUGCUUUGUAGUCUACAUGGAGAGGAUGACGACAUAAAAGUAGAAGACUUGUUGAGAUAUGGUGUGGGUUGGGGCUUGUUUGAUAACGUGGAUACAAUAGAGGGUGCGAGAUGUAGGGUGCACUCAUUGGUUGAAAGACUCAAAGAUUCCAGCUUGUUGUUGGAUGGGGAUGAUAAUGGUACAGUCAAAAUGCAUGACGUAAUUCGUGACGUUGUCAUUAAUAUUGCAUCUGAAGAGAAGCAUAUGUUUACUAUAAGAACUGCUAUUGAAUUGCAAAAUCUGUCUAAAAGGGAAGAUGCAGUUGCAAUUUCGUUGCCUUACAUUAAUGAUAAUUCAGAGCUUCCUAAUCAGUUUGAAUAUUCAAAGCUUGAGUUACUUUUGUUGUUCGACCAAAAAAUUGAUUUCAGUAUUCCAGAUUCAUUUUUUGAAGAGUUAAAGGAUCUCAAAGUGUUGAAGUUAUCUGAAAGCUGGUCUGAAGUACUUCCUUCAUCACUUUCGUCCCUUGAAAACCUCCAAACAUUGUGUUUAGACGGUUAUGUGGUACAGAAUGCAAUCAUAAUUGGAGAACUGAAGAAUUUGAAAGCUCUUAGCCUUUCAUUGUCCGAUAUUAAACGGUUACCAAAAGAGAUAGGGCAGCUGACUCACCUUCAGUUACUAGAUUUGAGAAAAUGUUCCGAACUUAAAUUUAUUCCACCCAAUGUGUUAUCUAAUCUGAAGAUGUCAGAAGAAUUAUAUUUGCCAGAUUAUGUUGAAUGGGAAGUUGAAGCACAAAGCACAGAAAGUAUUAAUGCAAUGGUCUCAGAGUUGGACGGUUUGGCUGAGUUGACCAAGUUACAUAUAUGUAUUGAGAAUGCAAAGAUUCUACAGGACACCAAGUUUUUUGAAAGGUUGAAAAGCUAUAGAAUAGCCAUAGGCAGUGCUUGGGACUUGAAUGAAACUUGGGAAACUUCACGAAUUUUAAAACUCAAAAUAAGCUUUCAAUCGGACUGUCUAUAA